GCGGCCGCGGGUGCAGAUCGGAGCAACGUAUCAAGCGCGUAGUCGCGAUCGCGACCAAGUGCCUGGAGUCGGUCCGAAAGGACGAGCGCAGUCGAGCCCGACCGAACGUAGCCGACGCGCGCGUGCCUUCCGCGCCGCACCAGCUAGUCCGCGGCGACGCACGUAGUCAGUGGGUGACGACUCCUCGGGGCGUCUGGUUCUCCACGCGGGGAUGUCGUCGCGUCGCGCCUCCUGGCGAACCACGUGCGCGGCGUGACAGCUCCGGCACGGCGCCGUGUAUAUAUUCCGUCGGGCCUCUCGCGGCCACGGGACGCGAUAUAAUUCCGGUGCUGGAGCUCGAUAGGUCCGCGCGCGUCCAGACGUGAUUUCCCGCUCUGUGACACCACGCUACGCACAUACAUAUAUAUAUAUAUAUACACACACACACACACACACACACCGAUCUGUCUGUGUCUGACUGACUUUGCGUGACAGAUGUGUCAUCGCGCGUCCGGGAGGCCAGCGCUGGCGAGGCUCGCCGCCGAUGAGCGAGCAUGAGUGGGCAUUGUCGUGUCAGUGUGCGACUUUUCAUGGAUCACCUGUUUCGAGCAGUAUCCUGAAAUAAUGUAUAGAACGAAGGCAACGGCGCGAUGAAAUCGGACAGUUUGUCGGGUCAGAAGCGUGGCCUGGCGUCGGUAGAAGCCGGCGAAGAGUCGCCUGUUGCCUAAAGAACAUUCCGGCACCUCGCACGACCGAGCGAAGGUGCGAGGUGUGCGAUUUUUAUAACGCGCUCGCCAAGAGACCCUCCGCGGACUUGACGAUACCACUGCACAUUUGUCGCGCUGACUAGGUCGCUUAUAUGCCCUCGACGGUUAUCGCUGCCGAGACUUUCGUUAGCAACUCUUAUCAGGCUACGAAAAUAACCUGACCGUGCAGUGUAAAUAUUAUGAAUGCAGGCAUCUCGGAAUCGCGCGUCGUGACCGAUGCAACGCUGCUGUAAUUGCGUAACGCGCCACGGCGACUCGUCUUCUAAGUAACGAAAGUGAAAACUCCAAGAAUACGACACGUAUCAUAUCUCUGAGAUCAAGAAGGAGGCGCCGCCAGAGAAAGAGAGAGAGAGAGAGAGAGAGAGAGAAGUAGCGGAAGACGAUUCUCCACACACGAAGCUGCGUAUCAGGAGAGAAUACACGGAAAAGCCAAAAAAAACGCGCGCGGCGGUCGAGCAACGGAACGAAGACGGAAGGCGACGAAGGAAAGGAGAAAGAGAAACUACGGACGACAGGAAGAAAGAGUAACGGCGAGAGCCGCGGGAAGAGAAAGAGAGAAAGAGAUAGAGAGAGAGAGAGAGCGGAAACGCGAACAGGGGGAGAGGAGAUAGAGAUUUCUGGGCACGCGCACUCCACCUGCUAGCGUGUAGUGGCACGCGCCAUACUCACCGCCUCCUCCCUGCCACCCCCGUCGUCACUCACGCUGCCGCCUCACCCCUCCCUCUCCUCUGCUCGCCCUCCUGGCCCCGUGCACCUCCUCCUCUCCUUUCUCUCUCUCUCUCUCUCUCUCUCUCUCUCUCUCUCUCUCUCUUUCUCUCUCUCUCUCUCUUUCUCUCGCGCGCGCGCGUCCUCCUGGCCCUACCGCGGCGGUCGUCGCCGCCGCCGUCGCUCUCCCCCUCCCGCGGGAAUCCCCUCCCGUGUUCCUCUCACGCGUGCCGCGGCCACGAAGAGACCGGGACGCGCGGGAGUCAAUCGCUCGCGGUCUUCGACAGGGCGAGCACCCAAGGUCCUUGCACUCCUCUCUUCCCUCGACUUCCGAACACGCUCGCCGAGAGUGCUCUCCGCCCGGUUUCAUCUGUCUAACGAUCCCGACAGCCGAUUCUCCGAUCCGCAAGCUCCGAGCUUUCCCACCCGCAGCGGUCCCAUACGACGUGCGCGGUUUCGCAUGUGCGCCGCCACCGUUCGUCGAGGUGCAGAGACGGCCAGAGAGCGGAAACAACGAGAUUAGCCGGCUAGCGAACAACGACCCUCAUCUCCGUUCCUCGCGUCUGAAUUGACGAGCGGACGAGUGCGCGAGUGUCUCGGCGAAAUUAAGACGGCGAUACACACACACAGUGCUCGUUGUCAAAAGUUUCUUCCUACGCGAGGCUGGGAGAGACCUGCUGCGCUGAGACCUGUCCGCUUUUGUUCGAGGAGGAGCACGGUGGCUACCUGCUCUCGCUCGCUCGCUCGCUCGCUUACUCGCUGCUUGCUACCUCUUUCUCGCUCCCUCGUAGGCGAGACGCGGAGCCGUGACGGCGCACGACGACAGUUAUCAACCGAUGUUUGCGUAUGAAAGAAUCCGGUCGCCUUCCACCGUCUCAUCCUCCGCAUCCUUGUGCCGUGCGUCCACUGCGAGGGGGAAGGCGCGCGCGAUCCCUGUACUGUAAACAGCGCGAGCAGCGGAGCAACGGGGAGGACGACGACGAAGACGACGAUAACGAGAACGAUAACGAAGGCAAAAAAGCGAGCGGCAGCAGCGGGUGACGUUCGGCGGCCACGUGGAAAGCAGGAAACGGAAAGCGUACAUAGAGAGAAAGAAGGUGGGAGGAGGGGGAGGCAACGGCGCGUGCUUUAACGCGUCGUUCCUUCCAUCGAUAGACGAAAAUAAACGCAAGCAGCGAGGUCUGUCUGAGAGCACAGACUGUGCACCGGAACAAAAACAUCGACGUAGAGUGACAGCGAGAAAGAGAUAGAGAGAAGGAAAGGUAGAUCGGUGCAAGAGAGUGGCGAUAUAACGUUUCGCGCAGUGUCACUCGAUGUGCGCCGAGCAGUGAGUGGAACUGCAACGGGACUCAGUUCACGAUUCCCGGCUCGGAGGAAGCUGCGAGUACCCGGCGGAGAAGCCGCGAACACGAUCGCCGGUUCCGUGCGGCCUCGCUAGCGUCGCCACGCCGGCAUCGGCAGCUUCUCCUGCCGCCGAGAAGAGGAAGCCGACGUCGAUCAGCGAGCGUCGAUCAGCUGCUGUGCCACCGUUGCGUUGCCGCGUGUCCGGUCGUCGCGGCGGAGAAUCCGCGCGCGUAUUCCGCGCGGGCGUCGCGGGGAACCACCUGUUGACGAUUUACGGCGGGAAAAUCGAAGCGCGCGAUUUCCUCGCGCGUUCCCCACGUCCCUCCGACGGCCGUCGUGGCCGGCCAGCCAGUAGGGAUCGCAUUCCGCUGCGAAUUAUCGUCCACGGGAGCGAUACCGCAGAGUGGUGGGCGAUAAGGCCGGCCUCGUCGAUAAGCAAACUCGCAACGAGCGCACCUCUCCCCGCUGUCACGAAGCUCGAUCGCGGAAAUUGUGAUUCCACCGUGGACACGCUCGCCUUCAGGCCGUUUCCGCACGGCAGCUCACGGGAGAUAAUCGCCCGUGGCCACCGUUUACGAAGGUGUGGGCCUAUCGCAGGGGACUGUUUGGAGGACGUUUCGAGGAUGGUUCUCGACUCUGGGAGCCAAGUGACUUCCCGCUGAUAGGUCACUGAAUAGUCGUGUGAAACGUUACGAAAUAGACGUCGUGAUAAAUAACUUUCCGGAGCAAUUGUCUGAAUUGGCUGAAAGGAAUUCUUGCAGUAAGGAGCGCAUGGAGACCAUGUCGACGUUAGUGCGUCGGCAGUGAUAGCUAGUCAAAUCGUUAGAAUGGGCAUUACGUUUCGCGGGCUAUCGAUCGGGAAUCGCGCACGUCCCGAGAGCGUGAACGCGGCGCGAAAGGGUUGAGUGACAUUUCACGCCGGCGAUCAGCGGAAGACUCCCCGGCACAGGGUUUGCCGUGGCUCGAGUGGCGCCCAGCCGUCGUCGUCGUCGAGAUAACGGUGCAAUCGCCGAAUCGGAAGCGCUCGAUCGGGAGUGCGAACGUGCAGUUUUUCAACGUUUAUAAGACGCACGCCACCGAGUACGAUCGUCGGGCGCAUCGUCGUUGUUAUCGUGUGAUUCGCGUCGUUUGCACGAGAACGUUGAGCGAAGGAUUCGACGUCACGAAGGAAUAAUCAUUCGGAUGACUAGGUGCACCUCAAGACCUUGAGUGAGUCAAAUAUGACGUGUUUCGUUACUUUCUGGUAGACAUAUAAAAGAGUGAACAUUCGUCUUGAGAAGAAAAUCCAUCAGGUUUGUGCAUCAACCGAGAACAAUACUUUAGAAAGUUCGCAAGACCCUUCGCGCAGUAUGAUGGGCUUACAAUGGCCAACAUUUUCGCAUCGCUUCUUAUCCUCUCUGUAGGAAUUCGUCAGAUUCUUCGGCCAGAUGGUUGCCACAUUUAACUACCUGGAAUGAUGCAGCAGAAAUUUCUGAAGAGGACGGCCGAGGAGUUGGAGCCAGCUAGUGGUGGUGGUGGCGACGGAGGCUUCGGUGAACCACCAGUUAAGCUACAGUGUACGCAGGCUCAGCACCAACAUCAGCAAGGCCCAGGCACUGGAGGUAGCGGUGGUCCGCAUCACGGUCACAGUCAACAUCAACCAGGUGGCGGCGCAAAUUCAACGGGGCCUACACCUGGCGGCGGCGGCGGUGGCGCAAAUAGUGGGAACGAGGGCCUAACCAAGUUUUCCGUGGAGAUAGUACAACAGUUGGAAUUUACCGCUUCCACGGCAAACUCGCAAGCCCAACAGAUCUCCACGAACGUGACCGUGAAAGCACUGACGAAUGCUUCCGUCAAGAGCGACUUGCUGAACGCGUCAUCCUCCCCGAAACCCGGCCCCGACACACCCUCGUCAGCUGCCAAUCGAACACAAGUUGGAGGCAGCGGCGCUGGUGCACCAGGACCCGGUACUGGCGGCACUGCCGGACCUCCCGGCGGUGGAGGAAUCGGUUGUGUGGAUAUCGGCAACCUCGUAGAGUGCAAGCAAGAGCCCGGAUUGGAAAGUGACUUCGUGGAUCUGGAACAGUGUGCCGCUGCAUUGGAAAAAGACGCUGCAGCAAACGGCACUACUUCCAGUUUUUCUGGGUUCCCGGAAUUCAUAGGGGACGAUACCGGCGAUGAGAUUAUAAAUUCGGACACAUUUAAGGAUCUCAUCUCCGAAAUAUCAGACUUUCAUCCGGAGUUUAUGAAAGACUUUGACUUCGAGGACAAGACCGUCGAUACACUACCGAACAGCGCUGUUGCGGUGGCAACGGCUGCUGCUGUUGCCAAUAAUAACAACGGUAAUAACGGCAACAACGUUCUGUCGAUAAACAACGGACAGAUCAAGAUGGAGGACGACAAAGACGCGAUCCAUCAGCAGCAACAACACAACAGCGGCGCGAACAACGGCGUGAACAACAACGCCAGCAAUAAUAACGGUAGUUCUGUGCCAGCCAACGCGAGCCCGGGCGCCCUAGCUUCGUCGCAGUAUUCGCCGGCGCGGCUUGGUUACUCCGGACUAGAUUUCAAGUCCGAGAUGAGUCCUGCUGCUCAGACCCUUAAACAGAUGGCUGAGCAGCAUCAACACAAAAGUCAGCAGCUAGGUCUCGGCGGAUACAAUCACACUGCUGCUGCAGCUGCCGCGGCGGCCCGAGGGUCGACCGCGAGGUCUCCUUACGCCGAAUUUUCCCAAUUCGGCGGCGCGUCAGACUACCUCGGCAGUCCUGGUAGCGCGGUUCCAACAGGCGGACAAACUCAGCCGGCCACUGGAACCGCCACUUACCACAAGAACAACACGACGCCGAACUUCCAGAAUCAGCAGACGAACGACAUGUUCGUAGGCUCGCAGACCCAGUUCACCGCGGGUCUGGCUGACAUGAAGAGGCCUCAGCCGGCUACCGGCGGCAAACCCGGCAUGCUCGGGCCCAGCGGCGGUUACAAGCAACCGUAUUCGCCGUACAAUAACAGUCCGGGUCCGAUGCCGAACCACGGCAGUCCGCAGUAUCCGCUACCACCUAGAGGAUCGCAGACCGGUGGGCCCAACCAGACGAGCUCGCAGGGGCCCUUCAACAACUCCACGCCGCCUCGACCUCCUUCGGGACCCGGCACUUCUACCUUGCAAAUAAACCAAGCACAGCAAUUACACAUAAACAACCCUGGACAUCAGAUACAAGCAACGACAAGCGGUCACAUUUUACCCACUUUCCAAUGUUCGCAAACCAUGUUUUCAAACCAAAAUGUGAGAGAGACGGACGUGUCCGCCGGUCAGCACAUGCAGCUCACGGGUGACCUGAAGCCGGGUGUGUCUGUCGCCGCGCAGCAGGGCAUGUUCUUCAAUCAGCAACAGACGCCCAAUCAGCCCGGUCCGGGCAGUCAGUCUGACACCUAUUGCUCGGUCUCACAGUCCCAGACCAUCAACUUCACUCAGCAAAGUCUGAGGCAGAGGGCGGCCGCCGCCGCCGCCAGCGGGGUGCCGCAACCUGGAGCUGCAGCGGGGGCGCGCGGCCAUCCGCAGCAGGUGCCGACUGGCCAGGUCGAUCAGCAUCAGCACGCGAAGAUCUUACAACAACAACAGCAGCUACAGCAGAUACGCGCGCAACAGGUUAUGCAACAGCAACAGCAACAACACAUGGCAGGAAUGGGGGCUGUGCGGCCGCCACCACCCGAAUACAAGGCAGCGGCCCAGGCGCAAAUGAUGCACGCCAGUAUCGGAAUGGGGCAGCAAGCGAGGUUUGCUAAUACCGGACCCAUGCGUAGAGUUACGCAGCAACCUAUGCCGCCGUCUGAUAUACUCCAAUCACUUUUACAAAAGAAAAGAGGACGGAAACGAAAAGUCGAAAUCCCAAUUGAAAACCCUGACUGCCUUGGAUUUAACUACGACCAAAAUCUUUCAUACAAUCCAUCGAAUUGUAUAACUAUGCCAUCAUACGUCAGCAUAUAUAACCCACCUUUACAACACUCAGGACUACCAGUCCUGACACCCGGGAGUACCGUUCAAAAUCUACCUAAUUCAACGAAUACUAUGGAGAACACGCAAAGAAAGAAGAGGAUUGUAGAGACUACAGUAAAUCCAACAACUAUUCAGACCAACAACUAUCCCGACGAGAUGAACAUCAGUAUCUAUAACAAUCUAUCGCAUACCACACAGUCUCCAUAUAUAAACAGUCCAGAUAACAGUCAAUUGGACGAAUAUCAAUUGAAUGCAGGAUUGCCUAGAGACAUUAUACAACAUAACUAUAUUUGUCCGAUGAUGAGGCCACAACUGGCGCAACAGCAGCAGCAGGCAUUACACGCAACCGGCGGUAAUAUGUACAUGGGCGGCGGUGGAAUGGCCGCCAUUGGCGGUAUGCAUCAGAUGCACCAGCGGCUAGGCUAUCCGAGAACCAACAAUCAGCGGCCGCCUAACGUCAGCGUCGGCCCUCCGGACGGCCUUGGGAAUAGCAUCGCGAGUCGCGGUGGCCAGCAAGAAUGGCGACACGUUCUGAUGCAGCAGCAGGGCUUUCAGGCGCAGAUGCGAUCGCAGUUCAACCAGCAAGGUCACCAAGGUGGCUUCGGCAUGGGCGGCGCGGGCGGCAUGCAAAUGACCGCGGCGCAGAUGCAACAUCAGCAGCAGCUAAUCCGCUCGCAAAACGGCGGUAUUGCCGGAUCGGGGAUGUCCAACAGCACGCAGAUGCAACAAUUAUUGUCACAGCAACACCAACAACAAACGUUAGCUAUGCAGAAUAAUAACCAGAUGUCAUUGCAGAUGCAAAUGUCGCAGACAUCUUCCGUUAACUCGGCUACUGGCACCGGUUCCCCAUUGCAUCCGCAUCAGCAGUAUGGUGCGGGCAGCCCGGGAGUGCGCAGUCUGCCGCAACAGCACACGCAACCACAGGCCACUACUACGGACCCUGAUUUUACCCUUGAAUUCCUAGACACUCUUCCGACGGGAGACGCGUCGAAUUUCAGCGCUCAGGAGCUGCUUAAUUCUCUAGACACUACGGCUAGCUUCAAUCUCGAUAUUCUGUAAGACCACGCGUCAGCUCGUAUCGGGGAUGUGGGUCUAUAUCGACUUGCAAUAACGCGAGUGAGAUCAAGCAGCUCUAAAGUACAGCUCGCAAGCGCGACGAUUCCAGUUCAUCCUAAUUUAUUUCAGUUUCCAUUUCUCUUCGUUACAUUCCAAGUCGGCUGAGAAACGACGAUACAAGGAAAUAUGAAAAAGAAAUGUGAAAUUAGCGUUACGGACGGCAGCACGUCAGUGAAACGCGGAAACUAUUCGCAUACGUCCAAGUAUGUCUCCAGUAAAAGCGUUUUCUUUGAUUCAAUUCAAACCAGUUGACUUUGCCAAGCAAAAUGAAACUGCAAGUAAAACUGUGAAUGUACUGACCGCAAUAUAAAAAUAGCAUACCUUACUUUACUGUCGGUAAUACAACACGGGCAUUUUGUACAAAUAGUAUCAAAAAAUUCGCUGAAUCAUUCGCGUUAAAUAAGCACAAAAAUAAGUGGAACGGUUAACACGAUUAAUACUUGCUUAGCUGAACCUAUUUACCGGUAAAAAAUUGGUUAUCUCGCGCCAGUUUGUCGGUAAACGUUCAAAUUUCUUGACAGACGAGUUCGGUAAUCAUUUUCUAAAACCGAUUGUUUGUUGCAAAGUUUUGCGCGGAUCCGCAUCGGCAACAACAUCUGUUUAUUGUUUUGUUGCGUAGCCAGCGUUUGUUGUUGAUAGUGCUGCGACAACAGUUGUUGCAUUUUCAAAAUAUAUCACUUUUUAUUUGGGGAACUCUAUCCACGGACUAAAUUGAAUUUAUUUCUACGUAAUUAUAUAAAUAAACUUAAUUUAUUUAUGUAGAAAUACAAAAAUAAAAUAGAAAGAAAAAUGAUUAACGUCACACAUAUGUGACGUUGAUAGUAAACAUGGUCUAUUUAAAAAUUGAAAAUUUUUAAGAGGAAUAAGAUUGAAGUGAGAGAUUACUAUGUGUUUUACAUGUGUUUUACAUGCUGGUAGCGCACGUUUGUUUUUUUUUUCUAGUUUUUUUCUUUUUUCUAUUAGUUUUUAUGUGUGACUUUUAAGUCAUAUAUUUAGUCAUAUAACUUUUAGAUUAUAUAUUAAAACUCCUUCUUUAAUUUCUUUUUAUUUAUAUUUAACUAAAAUUUGAACUAAAAUUUCCGUAAUUUAAAUACAUAUUUUCACGGAAAAUUUUGUCUUGUCUGCAUUUUUUAGUCAAACUAUUUCUUUAGAAUGUGAAAAUAUUCUCACACAAUCACGCACCUCAAAAUCAGUAUCGAAUGGUCAUUAUUUAGCUGGAUAUAUUCUAAUGAUCGAAUUCUUCAAACGUCGCUGUCAUAAAAUAGACUCGAAAACAAAAGACAUUCGCGGAUAUUUUUCGCGAAUUCUUUAAUUAACAUGUUUUUCCUAUUUCCUUUUCACAUCGUUAUUUUAGAAGAUCGACUUUAAUGGUUAAUUUAUAAGAAUAGCGGUGUAACAAUAACAAUUAGGGAGUAGCGCAUUUUAAACACUUGCCGUUGACGGUAUACUUAAAAUUAACAAAAUGUCAAUUAUCAAACUCUUGAUCCGAAAACAGCGAAAGAAAAUUUUAACGUAAUAUUAACGUCAUAAACAUUACAUAACGUAAAUAAAACAGAGAAACUAUUUGCAUUUUUUCUUUUUAUAUCGCUGUUUUCGGAUCAACAUUUAUAUUUAAUUUAUAAGAAUAAUAGGAGGGAGGAUAUAACAAUAAUGGUUAGAAAAUAUCAUAUUCAAACACGUGCCAUUAGUGGUAUACUUACAAUUUAAAAAAUGUCAAUUAUCAAACAUUCGGUCUGAAAAUGCCAAAGUGAAAAGGAAAUGUGAAAUUAACAGUCUAUCUUGAGAUGCAUGAAACAAAAUCCACGAAUUUAGUCGAUUAAGAAAUCACAUCAGUAAAGCACAAAAAAUACCUGUUUAUGGCAUCAAGUUCUUCUAUAAAAAACGAUUGAUUUAUAAUAUCGGCUGAAUUUAUUAAAACAAAUGAAGGCCAUUCAUUAUUGAAUUUAAAAUGCGUCAUUGUGUGACAAAAUUUUUAUGAAAAAAUAAUUCUAGUAAAACCUGCAAAAAAAUAUUACAAAUUUUCUUUUUCAAAAUUUGUAUUAAAAAUUUUAUAUCUGAUAUAAAGUAUUUUGUUUUAAACCAUGUGAAAUGAUAUGAUAAAAUAUCUUGCAUUAAAAAAAAAUAUUAUAUAUCUUUAUUCUAUGUAGAAAAGAUAUAUAUGUAAAUAUAUUUAUAUGUAUGUAAAAAGAUAUAUAUAUAUAUAUAUAUAUAUAUAUAUAUAUAUAUAUAUAUAUAUAUAUAUUUUAACGCAAGGGAACGAUAAAACAAAUCAAUUUUUAUUAUAAAAUUUUAUGAUUUUAUUGAAAAAGUUUCCGAUAACUUUAUUGUGACUUUAUUGUGAUCGGAAAAAAAUCUCAAGAUUAAACAAAGAUCAUUGUUUUAGAUGUCUUUUGAAACCGAUUUUUAUUUGAACUUUUGUUUGAAGAUAUAUGUUCGAAAAUGCGAUGGUUGUGAGAUAUUUUUUAUAGUUUCUUAUAUCACUUAAGAAUACUUCUUGUAUCGUUAUAGAAUACUUUUUGUGAUCUAAAAAAUUUUUUUGGCUAAAUUAUAAAUUAUCUUAAUGAAACCCCAAAAGAUGAAAAAAAUCGAAUUACCUAGAGUUAGGUUGCUAUCACCUAGAGUCAUCAUUUAGAAAAGGUUACUUGUAAGAAAAGUAAAAGAAAAUGGAAUAUAUAUUUUGACGAUGUAUUUCGUGUGAAUACUCACAGAAAACAAUCGGUUUUUAGAAAAUGAAAUCUGAGCAAUUAUCGACAAAACGGCACGACGAUAAUAAAUUUUUAACUCAACUGGUUUUUGUUGAGACAAAUAUCGCUGUCACGGAAGACAGACUUUAUGUGUGCGAAUAUAUUGCGUAUCACUGAUAUGUUAACGUCUGUAAUGCUUAUUUCAUAUCUUUUUUCUCGCAUCGCUAUUUUCGAAUCGGGCCUUCUCGGAUUGACUAGGAUGUAAUGAAUAGGAAGCGAUGAUCGCAAAUAUGAAUUCGUCGUUAGCGUCGCGCCAUUGUGCAUUUUAGAGGUCACUGAUCUCGCGGCGAAGGAGGGAAAAAGGUAGGACAGGCGGAAAUGCACAUUGUUAUAGAGAGAGCAUCAGGGACCAACCAAGAGAGCAAAGCGCGUGAUGUCGAUUGUCACAGUGAAUCGUUGCUUCUCUUUUCAGACAGUAUUGGAGUUGAUAGCAGUGCCUAGAGAGAGAAAAAGAAGAAACUUUUGUCCCGUUUGUUACCCCGACUUGUUAGAAAAUAGCUUGCAAUGUCGGCGAACAGUUGCUCGUGGUUCGUGUAGGACUUGCACGCAUUGAAAUAUAUACACACAGGGAUCAUAAACGUAGGGACCUUGAUUUUUACACUGUCGACAGUCGAUCGUGAAGAAAUACGACGUAGAAUCGUGGCGAAGAUUGCGACGCGUUAAUUACUCGAGAAUAAACCUUGGUUGGGGCGUAUACAUAUGUCGUGUUGUUUGUAAUGUUUGUAUAAAAGCAUACGCGGGAAUAUUUCGAAUGUAGUAUAAAUUCCAUGUUAAAUUUCGAAUUGUUGCUAAUAAAAAAAGCGUUGAGUUCCUACGAGUUUAUCUUCUCACUUGGGUUUGAAAUAUUUCAGAAGGGAAAAGAGAGAGAAAAAUAACAAGCUAAAGAAUCUCUUUGUCGUUAAUCGCGCGACUGUCGCGUUGUUCAAUAUACGCAAUCGGCCGGAUUGCGUAAAAUUAAUUAAUUCGAUCGGUUUUGCUGCACGGAAAAUCCGGAGUCGACGAUAAACCACGGUCGACAGCUUAUCGCGCGUCGUAUCGAUCCGUCCUAAAAUUAAUGCGUAUUAUCCAGUGCGUUAUCCCGCCGCGCAAUAACGCGCGCGUCUCGCGGUCGGUUUGCCACUUCUCCACGUAACGCGCUUUGCCUUCCUCGAUAAAUUUCGCCGCGCCCCCACCCUGUCUUGCGCGAGAUUUUUUCUUCGAUUUUUAGCAACGCUCCAAGUCACCGGUAUAUCGCGCGUUUUCUCUCAGUUUCCUUUGCAAAAGUGCCCCCCGAAUUUCUUCGUCUCGCCUUCUCUUUCUCCGCCUGUUUUUUUCCUUUCCUUUUCCUUCUGCUCGAAAACGCGUCGCCCUAGUUGACGAACGAAAAGAGCCGUCUCCGUCUGCGUUACGAUCUUACACUAGGUCGAAUAGCAGCCUAACGUUGCUCGUGGGUGGGCCUCGGCAGGAGGAUCAAUAUCACCGUGAGGGAGAAAACGAGCAGACUGAGAAUGGGAGCAAGGAGGUAGGAGAUCCGCCGCGAUGAGGGAUAAGGAUUACAAGGGCGGCGGCGACGGCGACGGCGGGAGGGAGGGGACGGUCGGAGGGAAACGCGUACUCCGAAAAUGUCAAUUCGCCGCUCCGGCUUCUCAUGAAAUUACGAUCGUGAUAAGGGUCCGCCCCGCGUGUCGACCCCGUUCGAUUUACAGUGGCUCUCUCUUUCUCUCUCUCGCUGCUUCCGUUUCUCGCAAUCCUUCCUCCACCGUUGUGCGCGAGCCCCAAAGCCUUAAGACACUUUCUCAGUCCGACGAGUUUCGUUAAUUUCCAUGUUCGCGUGUCUCGAGUAAGAUUGUCCUUUCCGUAACGCGCCAAUUUAACAUAUUUCUUUAACGACGUCGCGAGAACACGAUCGAAUAGUUGUGAUGCGAGAACGUCACUCGACAAAUUGGCGCGUUUUCUUCGCCGGGGACGAGGCGAGUCGUAACUGGGAAGCGCUAACUGGGUAGAGAGACACUCGUGGCGCGAGCCGGCCGUUCGAUCGGCGGCUCGCGCUGGCCGCGCGAGCUUUUCAUUGAUCCAAUGCGCAAGCAGAGCAACGAUCCACUGGCCGACAUCGACACACACGUCUCCGCCGCGACGAUGCUCCCCGACCUGUCGCGAACGCGUACGCGCGACCAAUGUACAGUCGUUCGUACGAAAGAAACUCCACUGUAAAGCGUGUUAUCAAUUACUGAGGUCUGCGACGACGGACGCGAUAAUGUACGAGAGAAGGACGCUCGUCGCGACGUCGUCCUGUCUCUCCCGCCGCGUCUCUAUUGUAAAAAUGCGUCACAGCGAUGCGGCGAGCGUCAAAAUUCGCAUUCACAUUUCCUCACGCUCUGCACGAAGAAGAAGUGAUGAGACUCGGGGAGGAGUGUUAACAAUCUCUCUCUCGCGAGCGUCACGAGAACGAUAUUGCGUCUUCUUUUUCCACGACGGCAGACUUCGAGCAGGUGACGAUAAUGAGCUUUCUAGACCGACUGAGUCGGCUGGAAGACAAUUCAAAUAUCAAUUAACCAUCUCACGGGAGAGGGCACUUUAAAAAGCGGGAUCAGUAUUUCUACGCGCGAAACGGUUUUCAUACAUUAUAAAGGAACAAAACGAAAAAAAAAAUAAUUAAAUAAACGAGCGCUUCUCGGCGAAUAUUAUAUAGAUGAAUUACUACGAAAACCACGACGACGAUAACGAUGGCGCACGACGCGUCGAUUUUUCCUUUCCUUUGUCAUUGUAAAUACGCAUAGGACACGCAAAGAGAUAGGAGACGGUAGAUAGAUGUAUAAUAGAGACCGCGAGCGAGCCGACCGGACGGUUUCCUCCGUGUCGUUGCGACGAUCGACGAUCGCGGACUCUCCUCGAGUACAUUCCGCGACGAGAGGAAGCGAUCGGGAGGACAGCGGGUCCUCCUGGUCCAGCGGGUCGCUCUCGUAGGGCGCCUGGCACGGAUCGCGAAGUACCGUGCGAAACGAUGCACUGCUUCGAGAAUGAGGAAGAGACGGGAGGAAAAACGAGAGAGACAAAGAUAGAUAGAUAGAUAGAUAGGUAGGUAGUUAGAUAGAUAGAGAGAGAGAGAGAGAGAGAGAGAGAGAGAGAGAGAGAGAGAGAGGAUCGCCAUGGGAGGAUCGAGAUGCGCGCGGCUUCGCGGAGAAGUCGACGCUCCGAAUUCUAAAAUUACCUUCGUAAGACCGUGCGUACACCACGUGUAUCUCAGGAAACCGCGGAACAGCGUCGACUUGGCGAAAAGCGCGGGACGCAGCGAACACGUCCCGGCACGCUCCACUCUCGCCGAGCUGCCUUCGCGACGCGAGAGCGAUGCACCGCUACUCUCGUCCGACGAUUGUGAUAUAUACAUAUACUGUAAAAAAACAAAAGAAAAAAAAGAAGAAAUAAGAAUGUGGAAAAAGCAUGCCCAGUCAGGAACAGAAUAUGAUUCUCGUCGCGAGAAAUAGCGGGACAUUGUGCAUCGACCGGCUUAACCCUUUCUCCGAUUCCCUAGGUGACUAUUUAUUCGCGACUUGUCGAUCGUUCUCUUUCACUCUCACACGAGGGGAAUACAGAUCUUUUUGUAAUCUCGUCAGAGAGGAGGAGGGUUAACGGGGAGCGCGUCACGGGAAGCGCGACUGAUCCUCGUGUUUGCGAUUGAUCGGGGUGCAUCGGUGAUCGUCCGGUCCGAUCCGUCAAAUCAGGUGGGCGCGCGAUUGAGCGAGGCAGCAAUAAGAAAGAAUGAGAAUGGAAGGAGGAGGGAGAGAACGAAUUGUCUGUAAAUAACAGUGUUGCAUUAUUAUUUAUGUUGCUCUACCGUGGCGAGUAGUAGUAAAUUAUCGUAACGAUACGUAAUUUAAAGAUGAGACGAGGAAGAGAGAGAGAAAGAGAGAGAGAGUGUGUGGAUCGUACGAUCGGGCAGCGUGUACAUAAGUUAUAGGUAUAUCUUUCCUGGUAAAGGAUACUUUAUGAAUAGUUAUUUUUAUUACUAUUAGUUACUAUGUAACAAUUAAGUAUCAUAUUACAUUAGUAUCAUUAGUUUAUUAUUUUUGUCUCAUUAUAUAUUAUUACUUAUUCCCCUAUUAUUAUUAUGAAUAUUAUGAUUACGGUUGUUAUCCUUCGGCCGAUGAUCUCAAAAAAAAAAAGAUAAAAUAGAAAUUACGUUCGAAUGGGAGUGCCGCAAAAUCUUCUCUGAAUUAAAAAUUUACACAACACGCGGAAUGGAUCCUUCGUUAUCAUUAAGACGGGUUUUAUUUCUAGCCUACUACGUACUCUCUAAACAUGUUUAUGAUGCAGUCAAAGUACACUCCCUCGCCUAACCAUUAUUAUUACAGUUUCCAAUGACCCAAUAGUUGAAUUUGCGCUCCUUGCGCAGAUCAUUCUAAGCGAAAAAUUUUGUAGGGGUGAUUUUCUUUGGUUGCAUGAAAGAUGUACGGGAAAUCUGAUUCAGUGUCGCGAUCUGUAUAAAUGUUCAAUUUAUUUCGGAAAUUAGAAAGUCGCUUUUUCAACGUGUCUAAUUUGCGAGCGCAUAUGCAAGUAUUGGUCAAAAAUAUGAAGCGUCUUUACAUUAAAAAGACAAAAUGAAAUUUUAUACUGAAUUAUACGAAUACUAAAUUUUACGAAAAUAGCAUAAGAUGGUGUAUUUAAGAAAUUUGUGCAGAUUUAAUUUGAGAAAUUAAAUAGACAAAUCUAACGAAUGAGUAAAUUGAAAGAAAGUUUGUGAUUUGAUUUAGAUCUUUCUUGAAGUAUUUGAAUCGCCGACUAGUGAUUUAAAUAUUUUCUAUAAUAAAUUGAAGCUGUUCCAUAUUUAUGACCAGAUGUUCGUUUGAUUUGUUUGACAAAAAUAUGAAAUCAUGCUUUAGAUAUGUUCUAUUUUUAGCUCUGUCUCUAUUUUUAGUCUCUGUCUUUUUAUAAGAGCUACGCGCCAAUUUUUAAAACAGUGCGUUCACCCGCGGCUAAAUCUGAAAUGUUCAUCGCAUAUUUACGCCUUAUUUUGUAAUUCUCAUCUCAGUAUUUUUACCCGCUAUUCGACAUCGAUCGAACUGCAAAUUACAACUGACAUAUCGAAUCAGCUUGGUUUCGAUCAUACGCAAGUAUGAUAGCGAUGCAACACUAGACAAUUAUUCAUGAACAUGUUUUACCGAACGAGAGUCAAGACAUUUUUUCAUGUCUUUGUAUAUUUUUAUGCAAUGUUGUAGAAUGAUAUUGUUUCAAAUAUAUUAUACAGAUAAUAAUAAACAAAUUUAUAUGCAUUA